UUAAAAGAGGGGUUUGGAGACGAGAUCAGAAGGCUACGGAAAUACAAAGACCGAGAAGAGGAAAUCCUGUGCUGCUCAGGAGUUCAUAUCUGUGAACCUCUGGCAUAAUAUCAGAAUCAUAAAUCUAAAACAAUGGAAAACCUUCAUCCCCGUUCCACAUCACAUAUAGAGGAGAAGCUACAUAAGUGUAUGGACUGUGGGAAAUGUUUCAUGUGGAGAAGUUCUCUUACUACACAUCAACAAACUCACACAGGAGAGAAGCCAUACACAUGCAUGGAAUGUGGAAAGAGCUUCACUCGGAGUGGAGACCUUCGUUCCCAUCAAAGGACCCACACAGGGGAGAAGCCGUAUCAAUGCACGGAAUGUGGAAAGAGCUUCAGUCGGAGUAACUAUCUGCAUUUCCAUCAAAGGACCCACACAGGGGAGAAGCCAUAUACAUGCAUGGAAUGUGGAAAGAGCUUCAGUCGGAUCGGAAAUCUGCAUUCCCAUCAAAGAACCCACACAGGGGAGAAGCCAUAUACAUGCAUGGAAUGUGGAGAGAAUUUCAGUCGGAGUGACACUCUGCGUUCCCAUCAAAAAACCCACACAGGGGAGAAGCCGUAUCAAUGCACGGAAUGUGGAAAGUGUUUCAGUCGAAGGGACAUUCUGCUCUCCCAUCAAAGAACCCACACAGGGCAGAAGCCGUAUCAAUGCAUGGAAUGUGGAAAGAGCUUCGGUCACAGUAACACUCUGCAUUCCCAUCAAAGAACCCACACAGGGGAGAAGCCGUAUCAUUGCAUGGAAUGUGGAAAGAGCUUCGGUCAGAGUGACACUCUGCGUUCCCAUCAAAGAACCCACACAGGGGAGAAGCCGUAUCAUUGCAUGGAAUGUGGAAAGAGCUUCAUUCAGAGCGGAGUGCUGCAUUCCCACCAAAGGGUCCACACUGGAGAGAAGCCACAUAAGUGCAUGGAAUGUGGAAAGAGCUUCAGCCAGAGUGAAAAUCUGCGUUCACACCUAAGGACCCACACAGGGGAGAAGCCAUAUCAAUGCAUCGAAUGUGGAAAGAGCUUCAGUCAUAGUGGAGGUCUGUAUUACCAUCAAAGGACCCACACAGGGGAGAAGCCGUAUCAAUGCAUGGAAUGUGGAAAGAGUUUCAGUAACAGUGGAGCUCUGCAUUCUCAUCAAAGGAGCCACACAGGGGAGAAGCCGUAUCAAUGCACGGAAUGUGGAAAGAGCUUCAGUCGAAGGGACAAUCUGUGCUUCCAUCAAAGAACCCACACAGGGGAGAAGCCAUAUCAAUGCAUGCAAUGUGAAAAGAGCUUCAGCCAAAGUGGAAAGCUGAGUUCCCAUCUGAGGAUCCACACAGGGGAGAAGCCAUAUACAUGCAUAGAAUGUGGAAAGAGCUUCAGCCAAAGUGGAGCUCUGCGUUCCCAUCAAAGGAUGCACACAGGGGAGAAGCUGUAUCAAUGCAUGGAAUGUGGAAAGAGCUUCAAUCAGAGGGGAAAUCUGCGUUCCCACCAAAGGACCCACACAGGGGAGAAGCCGUAUCAAUGCAUCGAAUGUGGAAAGAGCUUCAGGCACAGUGGAGGUCUGCGUUCCCAUCAAAGGACCCACACAGGGGAGAAGCCUUAUCAAUGCAUCGAAUGUGGAAAGAGCUUCAGGCACAGUGCAGGUCUGCGUUGCCAUCAAAGGACCCACACUGGGGAAAAGCCGUAUCAAUGCAUCGAAUGUGGAAAGAGCUUCAGUCAGAGUGGAAAACUGCGUUCCCAUCAAAGGACCCACACAGGGGAGAAGCCAUAUACAUGCAUGGAAUGUGGAGAGAACUUCAGUCGGGUUGGAAAUUUGCGUUCCCAUCAAAGAACCCACACAGGGGAGAAGCCGUAUCAAUGCACGGAAUGUGGAAAGAGUUUCAGUCGAAAGGACUUUCUGUGCUUGCAUCAAAGGCUCCACACAGGGGAGAAGCCAUAUCAAUGCAUAGACUGUGGAAAGAGCUUCAGGCAAAGUGGAGGUCUGCGUUCCCACCAAAGGCUCCACACAGGGGAGAAACCGUAUCAAUGCAUCGAAUGUGGAAAGAGCUUCAGGCACAGUGGAGGUCUGCGUUGCCAUCAAAGGACCCACACAGGGGAGAAGCCGUAUAAGUGUAUGGACUGUGGAAAAUGUUUCAUGUGGAGAAGUUCUCUUACUAAACAUCAACAAACUCACACAGGAGAGAAGCCAUACACAUGCAUGGAAUGUGGAAAGAGCUUCACUUGGAGUGGACACCUUCGUUCCCAUCAAAGGACCCACACAGGGGAGAAGCCGUAUCAAUGCACGGAAUGUGGAAAGAGCUUCAGUCGUAUUGGAAAUCUGCGUUCCCAUCAAAGGACCCACACAGGGGAGAAGCCGUAUCAAUGCAUCGAAUGUGGAAAGAGCUUCAGUCGAAGGGACAAUCUGCGCUCCCAUCAAAUAACCCACACAGGGGAGAAGACGUAUCAAUGCAUGGAAUGUGGAAAGAGCUUCAGUCGAAGGGACAGUCUGCGUUCCCACCAAAGGACCCACACAGGGGAGAAGCCGUAUCAAUGCAUGGAAUGUGGAAAGAGCUUCAUUCAGAGCGGAGUGCUGCAUUCCCACCAAAGGAUCCACACCGGAGAGAAGCCACAUAAAUGCAUUGAAUGUGGAAAGAGCUUCCGCCGGAGUGAAUAUCUGCGUUCCCAUCAAAGGACCCACACAGGGGAGAAGCCGUAUCAAUGCACAGAAUGUGGAAAGAGCUUCAGUCAUAGUGGACAUCUGCGUUCACAUCAAAGGACCCACACAGGGGAGAAGCCGUAUCAAUGCAUGGAAUGUGGAAAGAGCUUCGGUAAAAGUGGACAUCUGCGUUCCCAUCAAAGGACCCACACAGGGGAGAAGCCGUAUCAAUGCAUCGAAUGUGGAAAGAGCUUCAGUCGAAGGGACAAUCUGUGCUUCCAUCAAAGAACCCACACAGGGGAGAAGCCGUAUCAAUGCAUGGAAUGUGGAAAGAGCUUCAGCCAAAGUGGAAUGCUGAGUUCCCAUCUGAGGAUCCACACAGGGGAGAAGCCAUAUACAUGCAUAGAAUGUGGAAAGAGCUUCAGCCAAAGUGGAACUCUGCGUUCCCAUCAAAGGAUGCACACAGGGGAGAAGCUGUAUCAAUGCAUGGAAUGUGGAAAGAGCUUCAAUCAGAGGGGAAAUCUGCGUUCCCAUCAAAGGACCCACACAGGGGAGAAGCCGUAUCAAUGCAUCGAAUGUGGAAAGAGCUUCAGUCAGGGGGAAGCUCUGCGUUCCCAUCAAAGGACCCACACAGGGGAGAAGCCGUAUCAUUGCAUAGAAUGUGGAAAGAGCUUCAGCCAGAGAGAAGCUCUGCGUUCACACCUAAGGACCCACACAGGGGAGAAGCCGUAUCAAUGCAUGGAAUGUGGAAAGAGCUUCAGCCAAAGUGGAAUGCUUAGUUCCCAUCUGAGGAUCCACACAGGGGAGAAGCCGUAUCAAUGCAUGGAAUGUGGAAAGAGCUUCAGCCGGAGUGAAUAUCUGCGUUCCCAUCAAAGGCUCCACACAGGGGAGAAGCCGUAUCAAUGCACGGAAUGUGGAAAGAGUUUCAGUCGAAGGGACAGUCUGUGCUUCCAUCAAAGGCUCCACACAGGGGAGAAGCCGUAUCAAUGCAUAGACUGUGGAAAGAGCUUCAGUGAUGGUGGAGGUCUGCGUUCCCACCAAAGGACCCACACAGGGGAGAAGCCGUAUCAAUGCAUCGAAUGUGGAAAGAGCUUCAGGCACAGUGCAGGUCUGCGUUGCCAUCAAAGGACCCACACAGGGGAAAAGCCGUAUCAAUGCACGGAAUGUGGAAAGAGCUUUAUUAGGAGUGGAGAUCUGCGUUGCCAUCAAAGGACCCACACAGGGGAGAAGCCGUAUCAAUGCACGGAAUGUGGAAAGAGCUUUAUUAGGAGUGGAGAUCUGCGUUUUCAUCAAAAGAUCCACACAGGGGAGAAGCCGUAUCAAUGCACGGAAUGUGGAAAGAGCUUUAUUAGGAGUGGAGAUCUGCGUUUUCAUCAAAAGAUCCACACAGGGGAGAAGCCGUAUCAAUGCACGGAAUGUGGAAAGAGCUUUAUUAGGAGUGGAGAUCUGCGUUGCCAUCAAAGGACCCACACAGGGGAGAAGCCGUAUCAAUGCGUUGAAUGUGGAAAGAGUUUCAGCCACAGUGGAGGUCUGCGUGGCCAUCAAAGGACCCACACAGGGGAGAAGCCAUAUCAGUGCAUGGAAUGUGGAAAGAGCUUCAUUCAGAGUGGAAAACUGCGUUCCCAUCAAAGGAUCCACACACGGUUAGAGGAAGAGACCUUCCUUUCAAUUCCCUGUUCUACUUAAAAAAUCCGCCAGACAAGGGUCCCAUCCCUCCAUAGGCAGGCAAAAAAUGAGAGAAUAAAAGCACAGAGGAAGGCCGCCACCUUGUUCUCUAUGUGUCGUGGACAACCGUCUGUGUGGAUUGACUUGAUCGCCCACAGAGGAGGUCUCUUCUCUUUAUUGCAGCCAUUUUUGAAGGGGUUAACCUGACCUCUUCCCCCUCAAGGAAAGCAUCCCAGACUUCUCAGAUGAUCUGUGAACGCUUGCUGAAGUGAGAGCAGCUGAAAUCUUAUGGUAAAGACCAGCUCUUUGGGAGCAGCUAACAGCAUUCCUUUGUACUGUUGUCCUGGACCUUGGCUCUGAUCCCUCGGUUUCAGAUUCUGGACUCUGGUCCUGUUCCUGUCACCCUGCUCUGUGUUUGUUGGAAAUAGGCAACCUUCUCAAGCCUCCUCUGUUUAAUGAUUUGUCUGUAUAUAAUGUGUUGUUUUAUUACUGAAGUGUAUGUGUGUCCUUGGGUGUGCAGUUUUUCCUAACACUAUGUUCUUGAGGAUGUGGGAGAUGCUGCAGACCAUGUGACCAGAUCAGGGACUGUUUAGAACACAGUUAAGGGAUGUCAGUUGAGGGAUGACCAUUGAAGAUGACAGUUGGAAGUAGACGGUUAUGAAAGAGAGUUGUACAGAGAUGUAUAGUGUUGAUGAGACUUAGAAAGACUGAAAUUUAAAGACGCAAACCAAAAUAAGCAGCUUUUUGCAGUUUGUGGAUCCAACUUUGGUGGUGUCCUUCCUCGCCCGCCCGCCUCUCCACUGGAAGGGGCUCCUGCUUUUCGACAGAUUACACAGAGAAGCCAUUGAAAUUCUCGAACAUGUGGACAACUUCAACAGAAAGGAGGAAACCAUGAAAAUGAACAAAAUCUGGCUACCAGUAUUAAAAAAACCUCAAAAAUCAGAACAGUAAAUAAGAAGCAACACUCUGAGACAUGGGAACUAGAGGCAGCUAACAAAGGAUGCCCCCAGGCAGAAAGUAGCCAGUAGAUGAAGCCAUUCAAUGCAAAUUAGGGUGAUUAACUCCUCACCCUGGACUUCCCACAGAUAUAUAUAAACCUGCCUUGCUUAGUUUCUCCAGACCUCACAACCUCUGAGGAUGCCUGCCAUAGAUGUGGGCGAAACGUCAGGAGAGAAUACUUCUGGAACAUGGCCACACAGCCCGAAAGACAUACAACAACCCUGUGAUCCCGGCCAUGAAAGCCUUCGACAACACACUGAAAUCAGUUGUCUCCACUUUAGAAUCAGUUGUAUAAAACCGUCUCGGGUCAGCCACACGGAAUCCGGUCAGCAGGGUGAAGUGUCCUAUUCCUGCCUCAUUGCCCUGUCCCAAAGGCUUGGCCCCACAGCCAUCUUUCUGUGAGUCUCUUGGGGAGCCACAGAAAGACUGAACCAUCCAAUGUAUGCGAACUGCUGGGACCAUCGGUAGGACUCACUUUCCAGCCUUUAGAGACGCUGCCUGUUUGCAGGUGUGUUCCUGAAUUGCAAAGGACCCAGCGGACAAACGAUGCACCUGGGACACAGGUGGGGAAGAAGCCUCACGUCUUAAGGAGGAGGACUGGUCAAGGGGGGGGGCAGGGGAGGGACCGAGGUGGGCUGAACGUGGAAUACAACGGUUUCUGUGAGGGGAAGGGGAGAGAUCGCAGGAGAUACAGAGUACUCAAGGGUCAUGUGGAAGUGGUACAAGAGGAACCUAGAAGAACAGAGCGAGGCUCAGAUGGCCGGCAAGACUGGCCAUUACAACAUCAACAUGGGAUUUUACAACCUAAUAAGCUGGCUCUUGAAGCCUCGGACUCCCUUUCAAAUAGGGGCAGGUGGGCUUCAAUGAGAGCUGUCAAGAUGUCCCUGGGACAGAUCCUAAGGCCUACGGAUGUCAAAAUUGGUUCCAUCAAGCGGCUCCGCAGAGACUAUUAUAAUCACAUCUCCCACCUGCCAAUUACAUUCGAUGACGCAACUAUAUCGAAGGGGGUGUUUGCAUGUAAGCCAUUGCUGAAUUAUGGGGAGACCGUAUAGGGAGCGUUGUCCGGCCUCAGUUGCCCGGCCACUCGUUGCUGGACUUCAAAAGAAAGGGAUAUUGAAUUGCCCCCAGAGCGCCCCAGAGUCGUCCCCACACACUCGAGUGAAGGGUCCGGGUCCCUCGCUAGCCCCCCAAGUUCCGGGCAAGGAGAGCGCCAGCCCUUGCCCUUAGAACGAGGGCCCCGACAAGGACUCUGUUGUGACUCGGCAGCAGCAGCAGAGCCAGAGUGAAGAUGAGGAAGGGGAUUUUGGGUUUCAGAUGCAGGAGCCAGAUGAUGGGAUGCAAGAUGAAAUCCAGGAUGGUGUCAUGGGGAUGGGAAAUCAUGGAGUUCUACAGGCUGGUUCAGAAGCGCAGCCUGUGGAUGAAUUCCUGAACCAGCCUGUCCUAGAUAAAAACCAGGGACACCUUCCCAAGGGAAAUAAUGAGCUGGCUUUGUCUCAGGCCCCUGUUCAGGCGCAAGAUAAAGAACCGUCUGACCGUGACUGCCAAGAAGCUCCAUUGCUAUCUCGGGCUUUCUCAAUGGAAAGGAAUGCCUCGGCGUAGCCUGAGAUUAGCUGGAAAACGGGAGGCCACUGAGGGAAAGAGAAAUGCGUUCUUGGGUUGCUUUUAUAUCUGUGUGUUGGGAGACAAAUCUCAGUCAGAGCAAAUUCUCUCUUCAUCUGAGUGGAUGGUCUAUGUCUUCAUGCUUUGGAAAUUCUCCUGUUUAUGAAUCCUUGUAACCUGUGGACUAUUGUAUCUUUGGGAAUAGACUCUUGCUUUUGCCUAUGGACCAUUGGAUUUAUUGACUCUAUUUCACAACUACUCUGGGAACUAUAUUUUAAUCAUCAUCAUCAUCUAUAUAUAUAAAAGAGUGAUGGCAUCAGGGCAGCGGACAAAACAACAAAACUACAGGCCCCCCAACCUCGAAAUUUGACAACACAUCAUCCACGGCUCUAGGUUGAUACAACAAAAAGAAAGGAAAAAUAAAGUCCUAAUUAGAGGGAGAGGAAUAAUUGUUUUUAUCCAAUUGCUGCCAGUUAGAAGGUAAGCUCCGCCCACUUGGUCUCCUAGCAACCUACUCAGCCCCGGGAACAGGCAGAGUUAGGCUUCACUUAGGCCUCUUUCACAGAUUAUCUAAUUUGCACUGGAUUAUAUGGCAGUGUAGACUCAAGGCCCUUCCACACAGCUAUAUUACCCAUUUAUACUCUUAUAUUAUCUAUAUAUAGAGUCUCACUUAUCCAACAUAAACAGGCCGGCAGAAUGUUGGAUAAGUGAAUAUGUUGGAUAAUAAGAAGGGAUUCAGGAAAAGCCGAUUAAACAUUAAAUUAGAUCAUCAUUAUACAAAUUAAGCACCAAAACAUCAUAUUAUACAACAAAUUUGACAGAAAAAGUAGUUCCAUGCGCAGUAAUGCUAUGUAGUAAUUACUGUAUUUACAAAUUUACCACCAAAAUAUCACAAUGAAUUUAAAGCACUGACUACAAAAACAUUGACUACUAAAAGGCAGACUACGUUUGAUAAUCCAGAACAUUGGAUAAGCGAAUGUUGGAUUAGUGAGGUUCUACUGUAAUAUGAAAUAAUUACUGUGAUAGAAUAAUACAGAACAAUAUAAUCUCUAAAACCAGGACAGUAAAUAAAGAGCAACACUCUGAAAGCAGGGGAAUUGGGAAUUCCACAAAGGAAACAAUCAGGGCCAGCUAACAUCUCCCAAGAAAGGAUUCUUCCAGAAAGGAAGCUGAGAAGGGAGUGAACCAGCGUCUAUUACUAAACUCAUUAUUAUUACUAUUACUAUUACUAUUAUUAUUAUUAUUAUUAUUAUUAUUAUUAUUAUGUUGCUGUGAACCGUGUAAUGAAUACAAUCUGGGUCCAAGUAUUCAAAAACACUAAAAUCAGAAUAUAUAAAAAUUACUGUUGUAUAAUAAAACAGAACAAUACAAUCUCUAAAAUCAGAACACUAAAUAAAGAACACCACUCUGAAAACAAGGGAAUUCCAGACAGGAAACAAUCGGGGCCAGCUAACACCUCCCAACAAAAAAUUCACUCAGGGAGGAAACAGCCAGGUUUUAAAGCUGCAAGGCCAUUACGUGCUAAUCAUUUCUCCUAAUUGCAGCAUUCAUACUUGCCUCCAACAGACAAAAAAACCCAAUCAGAAAUAUUGUAUAUUCACAACCUUUAGAUAAUAAUAUCCCCUGGUGGCGCAGCGUGUUAAAGCGCUGAGCUGCUGAACUUCUGGACCGAAAGGCCGCAGGUUUGAAUUGGGGGAAGUGGAGAGAGCCCCCACUGUUAGCCCCAGCUUCUGCCAAACCAGAAGUUCAAAAACAUGCAAAUGUGAGUACAUCAAUAGGUACUGCUCCGGCGGGAAAGUAACCAGACUUCGCCACAGCAACGCAUGGCCGGGCACAGCUAAUAAUAAUAAUAAUAAUACGUUUAUUUAUAUCCCGCUAGAUUUAUAUUCAGCUUUGAUUUUAUAUAUAUACUGCUUUUGCUCAAUAACACUACAAAAGACUAUCUUGUGUGUGUGGCUUGGUGUCAACAGCAAAGUGAACUCUUCUGAGGUGCGACAGGUUCCAUCCGUCUCCUUUGCCUUGUGUUUACAAGACCCCCCCCCCCCCGGUGAGCCCCCUCCCUAGAACACUGAUGGCCAACCUAUGACACGCGUGUCAGCACUGACAUGCCUAGCCAUUUUUGCUGCAUGCAGAUUGAUUGGAUGACUAUGUCUUUUGUGGCCAAAUUUGGUGUGAUUUGGUCCAGUGGUUUUGUUGUUUACUCCAUGGGAAGUAUGCACAUUACAUACAUACAUACAUAUAUAUUUAUAUAUACUAGCUGUGCCCGGCCACGCGUUGCUGUGGCAAAGUGGUGGUGGUAUCGGUUAAAACUUGUUGGGGAAUUUUUAUUUGACGUUAUUUGUAUUUUUUUAAAUUAAUUUUAUUGUCACUUAUCUUUUUUAUGUAUUAUAUUUUAUUAUUUUGUUGUAUUAUUUUUAGUCAUUUUGUUAUAGUAUUUUAUUGUAUUAAUUAUUUUAGUGUUUUUUAUAAUUUUUUAUUGUAUUAUUUGUAUUUAUUUUUUUAUCAUUAUUUUAUUAACACUGGGCUGAGUGGGUUGCUAGGAGACCAAGUGGCUUAGCCUUGUAACUGGCAGCAAUUGGAUAAAAACUAUUAUUCCUCUCCCUCUAAUUAGGAAUUUAUUUUUCUUUUCUUUUUGUUGUAUCAACCUAGAGGCAUGGAUGAGGGGUUGUGAUGUCAAUUUUCGAGGUUGUGGGGUGUUUACUUUUGUUGUUUUGUCCGCUGCCGUGAUGCCAUCACUCUUUUAUAUAUAUAGAUUGUAGUAUAUUAUCAUAUUACUAUAUUAUUAUUAUAUUAUUCAUUAUUCAUGACUACAUUGAAACUAGAAUAGAGAGAAAGCAGCAUGGAAACUGCAAGAGGUACCAUAGAUUGUUGUACAUGGAAAUAAUGGUAGUAAAUAGUUUUAGAUUUAUUGAAUACAGUUAAAUAUUACAAUUAUACAUUUUUAUUAUUUAAAAUAUACAUAUUGCGAAAUUAUGGGUUUUUUCUCGAAGUGACACACCACUCAAGUCAUGCUAGGUUUUUUGGUGAAUUUUGACACCCCAAGCGCAAAAGGUUGCCCAUCAUUGCCCUCGAAUACCCUCCGGUCCCUCGGCAUCUGAGAGCUGACCCUCCCCCUCAAGCCCAUCGCCCUCCACCCCUCCAACAGGUCACCAUCCGGGGGGGGGAGGGGAGUUCCGGGACCUGGGGACCCCCAUUGAGGUCAUGCUGGGGAGAGGGAGACGUGGUCAAGCGUGCCGUUCCAGGGAGAAGCGCAACGUAGUGCUUCCACAACACCGUCACGGUCAUCCCACCCCUGUUGUGACUCAGGUUGAACCUCAGAUUGACUCGGAUGAGGAAAGAGGGACUCAGGUUCAAAAUCUCCCCGAAAGGCCUGUAGAUUUGGAGGAUGAGGAGCAGAGGGUGCAGGUUCAGUUUCCACAGGGAGGGUUGGAGUGGAUGACCCAGAAGCCCCUGAAGCCGGCCAGGUGACCACGGACAUGGGAGCGGAGGAAGGGAGGUGGAAGGUUCCAGCUUCCUAAUGAGUCUCAGCGAAAUAAUGAGCAAGCUGGCCUUGAUGGGAUGGGCUCCUUAGAUAGGGCUGAGCGUUUGGAAUUGAGGGUUCGGCGUAGUGUGAGGAUUGCAAACAGAAGGGAGGUGAGGGGGCAGAGAAAUGCCUUCGUGUUUUGCAAAGAGUGCUAAAAGGGGUGCGUUCGGGGAAAACCCCUUGUCAAAGCAACUUUCUCGUGACCGCAGAAGCAAGCUCCAGUUUCCCUGCUGUGCUUUGGAUUAUUAUUGCAGCCCAUGUGUCCAUGUUCCUUGGAAUUGCCAUGCUCUCUUUGGAUGUUGUUUAUUCCUUGUGAAUUCCUGACUUACAUCCUAAGACUAUAUUUGUAACUGACUUUUGGUGCUUUACUUUUGCUUUUUGAAGAACUUUUUAUUAUCUAUCCUUAAUAAACUCAAAAGACUCAAA